UCGCAGAGUAUCACCCUUCGUUCCGGCGCGACGGUUCUGCGAAACUCCGGGCGCACUUCCGCGAAACAGAAACUUUUCUUCCAGGCGUCAAAGAUUUGAUUAAAAUGUGAAUCUCUAAUGAGGCUCGAGUGAACACAAUGGAAAAUCAAUUGUGGAAACGAGAACUAUUCACCACUUGGCAUAAAGAUCAACAUGGCGCUAACAAAUGGCCGAUUCUGAGGAGUGCGAGGUCGUCGGCGACCCCUCCGGGGGACUAUCCGGCGGCUCCCACGGGAGAGACCUUCAAGGAGUACGUGGUGUCGGAACAAACGCCGGGGGAUUACCAGGGGCAUGAUCUGCUCUACGUUUCGCUGGCCGUGGGCGCCAUCCUCCUCCUCUUCGGCGCCGCGGCCGCCCUCGCCGUCAUCCGGCGCCGAAGGACCAAGAACGCCGACGAAGAGCACGCCGCCGCCAGCAUCCUGGUCUACCCGUCGCAGCAGGGGACGGCGCCCCAGUUCCUGACCAAGGAAAUCCACUUCAGUCUUCCGCCGCUGAGGAGCACGUCGCUGGGGGACCUCACUGAGCCCGACGACUCCGACGUGGACACGGAGUCGCUGCUGGUGCCGACGGUCAGCAACCAGCGCUCGAACUCUUUCAGUUGCUACGGCCUGGGGGUGAUAGAGCCGGCGCUGUACAAGAGCACGUUGGACCUGGACGAAAUCCACUGGCCGGAGGGGCACAUCGGCCGGAUUUGGUUCUCGCUGCGCUACGAGCCCUCGACCGAGAAACUCCUCGUGUCGUUGCUGAAAGCCAAGAACUUGCCGUCUCGGACUCUGGGGACUGUGAAUAGUUGCGAUCCUUUCGUGCGCUUACACUUAAUGCCCGACGAACGACGCUACUUACAGUCCAAACAAAAGAAGAAAACUUGCAACCCCUACUUCGACGAAACUCUGGUCUUCCAAGUUUCUCAGCGGGACAUGUCGGACCACAUCCUCAAACUCACCGUGAUCGACGGCAGCCGCGCCAAGAGGCGCUCUGAAAUCGGACACGUCACGUUUCCACUCAAGGAACUCGAAAUCGGAGACGGCACCGAGCAGCAACUUUUUAAAUUAGACUUGGAGAAGGAGCCUCAGGAGAUCAAGUCGAACUUGGGGGAGCUGCUGGUGUCGCUGGUCUACAACGAAAAUCUCGGCAGGCUGACGGCCACGGUCAUCGAAGCCAGAGGGCUUAAGUUCCAGGGGGACAAGCACGAGGCCUACGUCCGGCUCACCCUCAACCAGCACUACCGCAGCGUGAAGGAGAAGCGCACGGGCAUCGCGCGGCCCUCCCGCGACGGCGCCGUCACCUUCACCGAGGGGUUCAACUUCAAGCUGGCGCCGUCCCAGGUGGACAUCAGCAGCCUGGCGUUCCACGUUUUCCAGGCCACUUCCGGCUACGGUAGGGACAAACUCAUCGGGAAAUGCGUCCUGGGCUCUUACAUGUUCGCCCGAGGCAAGGCCCUCAUCCAGUGGAACACCGCCAUCGCCAACCCCAUGGAGCAGAACCAGCAGUGGCACAUCCUGUGCGAAUAGGCCGCCCCCAAUUACUCAGUGUCCCGUAAACCGUAGAAACAUCUCCAUAAAAUUAAGGAAUAUUCCGGAAUGAAUCUCAUUCAUGAUAGAAAGCACACGCGAGUUGUUUAUUAACGAGCUAAAUUUAUCCACCAUCCGAAGGAAUUUUUGACGACGAGUUAAUGCGAAACACUUCUCAUAUUUUGCACGGGGGCGGCGGAGGGGACGCAGUGACGGCGGCGCGGGGGGCACGUUCCAAAAUAGAGUCAACAUAGUGGCGCCCCCGGAACGCCGCCACUGCCCAGCAGACUCGAACUCAUUAUUGUACCUUGCUAGGUAGCCAUAGACUAGUCAUAAAUGAUAAAUGUAACAUUAUAAAGACUCAAUAAACAAUUAAAACAG